AAAGACGAAAGAGCAUUCCAUUUGGAAGUCGCCUUUGACCGUGCUCAAUAUUGACAGUGCAAUGUUGAACGGUAAAUCACAGAAGUACUCUUGAGAUCUUAGACACUCACAAAAGCCAGCUACGAGCAACAAACAGACGACUGUGGAUUGCCAGCCGCGAUCUCGAUAUUUAUCGACCCUGUAACGAGACGUAAACGAGAUCGAGAGUGAAACUGACAAUAUUACUUCAUUUGACGUCUGCUACGGCUGUGAGCAGACGACAUCUGCUUCCAGCGAGGACGAUUAGGCAAGAUGUCUAACCCGUUUAUGUACGAUAAAGUUGUGUCGGUUAUAUCAAAACCACCCGAAAAGCGACAGGAUUUUGAGGUUCACACACUUGUGUCAUGGUUUCGGAAAAAGUCUCAAAUGUGUUCACAACUGAAGACAGAUAUUGUGAUGGACAUCGUCAGAAACUGUCAGUUCGUCACCAAGGUCCGAGAUGACGUCAUCAUCAAGCAGGGAGACAAGGGAGAGUGUUUCUACAUCAUCCUGGGCGGCCAGAUCUCCAUCUACAUCCUCAACAAGGACAAGGACGGAGAGGAUGAGUCCGAACUGGACAUCAUCUACCGGAAGGGCAAGGACGGCAAACUGGACAGGGGCAAGCUGGGAUACUUCGUCACACAUCUGGGUGCUGGUAGCCCGUUCGGCGAGGUGGCCCUGGCGUCAGAUGACUGUAUCAGGACAGCCUCCGUGAUAUCGGACGAGCGGACGGACCUUGUGGUGGUGGACAGACAGCUGUACAACCGGUCAGUCAGGGAUGUACUGGCCAAGGAGUUCAGGGACAAGGAACGCUUCAUCGCCGGCAACAAGCUGUUCUCGUCCUGGCCUCCCAAGUACCGCAAGCAGUUGGCCAUGGCCAUGUACAUGGAGACCUACUCGUAUGAGGCCCCUUUGGUGCGACAGGGCGAGAACACAGAGAACAUGUACUUCAUUCUCAGUGGCCAAGUGGAGGUCCAGAUUGACCCCUCACAGCACCCGCUGCAGUACCGGAAGAUAUUCUUGGCUGCCAGUCAAACAGAAACUGCCAAAUUGUUAAAAAAGGCGGAGAAAGCACGUCCCCCGACCGAACACCACAACAGCAACAACAUAAAGAAGAGGGACAACUUCAAAAGCAUGAAGCUCUGCUACCUCGGUAUCAACGAGAGUGUAGGGGACAUCGAGAUGCUGCUGGAGCUGAAGACGUACAUGCAUACGGCGGUGUGCAAGGAGAGGACGGAGGUACUGGUCCUGGAAAUGAAGCAUUAUGAGAGGCUGUUCGUUAGGAGGCAUCAGAGGACUAUAGAGUCUAUGAGAGACGAGCUCGCCGUCAAACUAGAAACACGCAUAUCUCUCCUGACUCAGAAAGAGGAUAUUCCUCUACUCGGGUACCUACAUAGUAGGAUUCUAAGCCGCUAUAAACCCCCACCCCCUGUAGAAAAAGACAGACGUGAAAUGACUACAGUUUCUGCAGCUGAAAAAGAAUUUCUGAACCAUCGAGGACCUUUGAUAGACAUGUUCGGACCGGGCAGUGUGUUUUAUAUGAUUCGCGUGCGGGAGAAGACGAAAGAGAAGCUGAGAUUGAAGAGGCACCGGAAGGUGGAUCAAAUACCACCAAGUCAUGUUCAUGCAGUACAACUACCCCAGAGCAUGCUGUUGGCGGCUCAGAACGCCCGGGAUGAAGUGGACGGACAUGGCCGAGAUGGGCCGAGAAGCUUCAAGAGUAUUCAGAGUUCCCAUCAGAAGGACCAGGAGUCCAAUGAUGACUAUAUGGGCGACAUGGACUACUAUGUUGAUGAUGAUGCUGAGCCGUUGUCAAUGGGGGUGACGAUAGACCAGGAGUCUCACGACGCCGCCUUGACAAACUUAGAAGAGAGAAUCAGACUUUGGCUGAAGAGAGAAAACCCCAAAUCCAGGUCCAAGGUUGCUCAACUGAGAAGACUUGCGCUACAGGAUAUGGACAUACAACCCCGACCCGGAAACCGUGUUGUCAUCCGACGACGGCAGCCCACCAGCACGCCUCCUCUUCUGGACCAAGAACCCACCAGAGAGACAGAGAGAGAAAAACUGUCACACCUCAAGAUAUUACUGACCAACUCAUAGUCUUCCAUGACGUCAUCAGCUAGUUAUUCUAGCUGAAUGAGCUAUGAACUAUGACAAUACGAUAAAGUCGUCUCUGUUAUCAUGACGUCGUAGUGACGUCAUUACUGGACUGUUGUGACGCUACUCUGACGUAACUACUGGUGACACUACAAUGACUUGAACGACCGUCACUGUUAAUAUCGUUGGGCAUAUGCGAUGUAACACAGCACAGUUUUACUUUGUUACAACGGGAAUAGGAAAUAUGUAUGUGAAAUGACACGGUAAGGAUAAGACAUAUCUGUGAUAUUAAACAGUGGGGAUAGGAUACAUCUGUGAUAUUAUAGUUUGAACGGGAUUUACCUUUGAUAUUACACAUUGGGGAUAGGAUAUAUGUUUUAUGACGAAUUGAGGACAGAAUAUACUUACCACCAAAAGAAACGCGAACCAUUGAAACAUAGAGAAGUAUGUACUUUAGAAGAGAUGUUUUCCCAUGUGUACCACUUGAUGACAAAACUAACAAUCAGCCAAGUGUCUUUAUUCUCAUCACGAUACGCUGCACGUGAUCCUGCAUGAGGCAAAUGAUGCAUCUCGAGUCUUGGAUCUAUGACGUCACAUGUGAUGUGUUCAGGAGCGUCGGUUCACACAACAUACCAGUGAGUUUGUUUGUGCAUCGAACCAAUAUAAUAUCUCAUGAAUACGAGUAAUUCACCAUAUAUUAACCAACAUGUAUGGUAUUCGCGUUACUUUUAUCGGUGAGUAUAUAUCUGUGGUAUUACACAGUGGGGAUAGGAUAUAUACACAGUUGGGAUUUUAUAUAUCUGUGAUGUUACACAGUUGGGAUAGGAUAUAUCUGUGAUAUUACAAAUAGGGAUAGGAUAUAUCUGUGAUGUUACACAGUUGGGAUAGGAUAUAUCUGUGAUAUUACAAAUAGGGAUAGGAUAUAUCUGUGAUGUUACACAGUUGGGAUAGGAUAUAUCUGUGAUAUUACAAAUAGGGAUAGGAUAUAUAUGUGAUAUUACACAGUUGGGAUAGGAUAGAUCUGUGAUAUUAUACAGUUGGGAUAGGAUAUAUCUGCGAUAUACAUUAGGGAAAGGGUAAAUCUGUAAACUGACACAGUGGGGACAGGAUAUACCCUAUGAUAUACAGUAGGGAUAAGAAAACUAUGUAAGCGGACGGGAUAUAAUGAUCUGUGAUACAACACGAUUGAGUCACGCUCAUGAAUGACGUUAAUGACGACACAAAAUGAAUAGUUCCUGAUGUUAGACAUUGUGCGGGGGGACAGUGGAGGACUCGAUGACAGCCUGGUGUUACGUGAUAGAAACUAUAACCUCUCCAGUCAACUCAUAUUUGAAGAUAUUGCUUUAAAUAUUCAUGACACGACACAAGAAACUGUCUUCAUAAUUCUGGUGUCAGUUGUGUGAUUGCUACCUCUUCGGCUGGAUACCAUGUUCGACAUAUCCGUUGUUUGUACAUUGAAUCUAUGCUCUACAUUCGUUUUUUUCAAAAUAAUGGCAUUUACAAGCAUCUUUCUGGUCAUUCAGAACAGUACUUAGAUACAUUGUGUUUUCAAUGCAUUUAAAAGAUAUGUAAACACAUUCGCAGUCUGACUAAAUAAUUUUAAGUUGCUGUAGAUUAAUUUGGAAAUGCUUGCACCUAAUUUCUGUUGUUUAUUAAAUUAGUAUAAUUUACUUCUCGAACAAUUCUAGGGUUUAUAGAACACGUCUUCGCCAUAUACUUUUCAGAUACUUUAAGAAAGUGCUUAAAACACGUCGACACGUACAUUAGCCUUAGCCACACCUUGCAGAGUGUACACACAUCAAUCGUGAUAAGGAGGUCACGAGGUUACGAAAGCGUUAAACGAACAAUGUUACAUUAUUAACAGCAACUUAUGUCGAAGCUCUGUAUCUAGGCCACGAAUUGCUGUGCCAAAUAUUGAAUAAAGCUCCGUCCGUCAUUACGCGGACAUUUUUUCCUGGACGGGAAAUAGCUAGAAUGCAUCCCCGCCCGCAAGUAUCGAUUUAGUGAUCCUGGACAUCGACUGGAGUGAUCAGAGUAUAUACACUGCACUUGAAGGGUGAUUUUGUAAAUAGCCACAUAUAGAACAAACCCACAAUAAAUGUUUUAUAUGAAAAUAACUCACGUUUGCUUUGUACUUUGAUGGCAAAUGGUAUCGUGGUGGUAUUAAUUAUCAACUCAUAUCUGUCCUGAAAUAGUGGAUGUCAAGUGCCUGCAUCACAAUAACCAUUGUUCUCGGUCCACUAGCGAGCAUUGCGUGACUGGCUGGCGUCGAGGGAUGUGUGAAGCUUGGGACUGUAUAAAGAGUAACCUUGUUAGACUGGACAAUUUCUGCUUGGUACAUAUAUACCAAGGGCAUUACUAAGUUCCUAUUGGGAAUACAGGUUAGUUAACUGGUAACGGUAUUUUUUUGGUAUUUUUAUCGUUUCAUCUACCAAGAAAUUUCUAAGCCACAGCCUCUGUCUUUGUUGAAGUGGCGGUAACGACUGUCGAAUACAAGCUGUGU